GUUUAUCUUAUGAGAUGGUUGUACAAGAAGGAUCAGAUACUUCAAAACUGGAGAUGUUUUUCUCAGGGUAUCCCUGUAUAGUCGGAUUAUCAUUAUUUCCUAAUUUAACAAGUCUCACAAUCAUUGCUCAAGAUAUAAAAGAAAUUUCAGGAUUAGAGACUUGUUUACAACUCAAAGAACUUUGGAUUGCUGAGUGCUACUUAGAGAAAAUUGGAGGUCUUCGAGAAUGUAAAAAAUUAGAAAAACUAUAUUUAUAUUAUAAUAAAAUUUCUAAAAUAGAAGGUUUAGAGAAAUUAUUGAAACUGGAGGUUCUUUGGCUGAACCACAAUACAAUUAAAAAUAUUGAGGGAUUGCAAACUUUGAAGAACUUAAAUGAUCUCAACCUUGCUGGAAAUCUAAUAAGCAGCAUUGGUCGAUGUCUUGAUCCCAAUGAACAACUGGAAAAAUUAAACCUUUCUGGUAACCAAAUAUGUUCUUUCAAGGACCUUACCAACUUAACCAGGCUUCGUCACUUAAAGGAUUUAUGUCUGAAUGAUCCUCAAUAUAAAACCAACCCAGUGUGUCUGCUGUGUAAUUAUUCCAUACAUGUACUGUACCACUUGCCUUGCCUUCAAAGACUUGACACAUAUGAUGUGUCAGCAAAGCCAAUCAAGAAUCUGGCAGAUACCACAGCAAUGAAAAAGAUAAUGUAUUACAAUAUGCGUAUAAAAACUGUUCAGAGGCAUCUUAAUGAAGACCUUGAAAAGCUAACUGAACGAAAAUGUAAAUUACAGAAGUUGCCAGAAGAACGAAUAAAACUACUCAGCUUUGUGAAAAAAAACUUGGAACGAGAAUUGGCUGAACUCAAGGGAUUUGGCAAAGGGCAAAUUGAAAGAUCGAAUAACAAUAAAGUAACCGAGCUUGAAAUAUUAAAGAACUCUGAAACUGUCUUAGAAGAGCCAAGCUUUCAGCAGAAGAUACUGACCAAACUAAAUGCCUUGAAUGAAAGAGUAACAUUCUGGAACAAAAAACUAGAUGAAAUUGAAACAAAUUAUUGUAUUGAAACAAAGCGAAAGAAGAAAACUAGUGGGUUAUUGAUCCCGUUUUUGUCAAUGGAGUUGGAGACUGUAGGAAAUAUUCACUUUGAAGAAGGCACUCGAUCUGAUGACUGGUUCAAUUCCUGUUAUGAAUUAAUUCUAGCACGUUUUUGUUCAUGGGACUUCAGAUCAUAUGGUAUUACAGGAGUGAAAGUAAAACGUGUCAUCAAAGUUAACAACCGUAUUCUGAGACUAAAAUUUGAAGAGAAAUUCCAAACAUUUUUGGACAAUGAAGAUAUGCAUGAUUCAGAGACCUACCGAAAGAUGCUGGAAUGCCUUUUUUAUGUUUUUGAUCCUGAAGUUGCAGUAAAGAAAAAACAUCUGCUACAAAUACUUGAAAAAGGAUUCAAAGACAAUGAAACAACCAAACUGUCUCUCAGAAAGGAAGCUGUCCCUCUUGCUAACAGCCUAAGUAUGUGCGAGUGUCCCAGAAUUGAACUUCUACAACAAAAGCACAAGGAUGAGAAGAAAAACUCUUUAGACCAUGAGCUCUUUAGAUAUGGCAUCCUCCUCAUUACAAAGGUUUUCCUUGGCCAGAGUGUUCAGGCUCGUGAACAUGACACCAUCAAUCAAGCCAACUACCCAAUGGCUAAUUCAGUGUUCAUCCCUCGAAAAUGUGCACUAAGUUCUAUGGUGGGACAAAGAAACUGUGAUUGCAGCUUUCGGCAGUCUAAGUGGUUUGUCUUUGAUCAUGACCUUGUUUUGCCAGAAUACAUCGUUGAAUUUGAGUUCGUUACAGUGAAUCUGAAUCUACAUGGUAACAGCUUGAGUAGACUGAGAGAUCUCUCCAAGUUAACAGGACUUCGAAGACUUAGUAUCAGCUUUAAUGAAUUUACUUGUUUAGAUGAUGUAUACCACUUGUACAACCUUGAGUAUUUGGAUGCAAGCCAUAACCAUGUGAUAACCCUUGAGGGAUUUAGAGGUCUGAUGAAACUGAAGCAAUUAGACUUGAGCUGGAAUCAACUGAAAAAAUCUGGCGAUGAAAUAAAUAUAUUAUGUAAACACACCACAAGCCUUCUUACUCUUGAUAUUCGACAUAAUCCAUGGCAAAAGCCAGCCACACUAAGGCUGAGUGUUCUUGGAAGACUGAAGACCCUGACUCACUUAGAUGGGGUUGUAGUUUCAGAGGAAGAAGCUACAGCAGCUAUGAAAUUCAUUAGUGGCUCAAAGAUUACUCAGUUAUCUCUCUUACGGCAUGCUAGCAGUAAAGAAGAAAGACCACGGAUUCUUAGUAUAUGGCCUUCUGCCAAAAUUCUGACACAGAUUUCGAAGUUAGGACCACAUGCACAUCUGAAUGCAAACUGGCACUUGAAGAUAACUGCCUUAAAUUUAGAUGGGCAACAUCUCUUUGAGAUCACAAAUUUAGAAAAAUUGGAAAAUUUGAAAUGGGCAUCAUUCAACAACAACAACCUCACUAAAAUGGAAGGCCUGGAAUCCUGUGUUAACUUAGAAGAGCUCACAUUAGAUGGGAACUGCAUCUCAAAGAUAGAAGGCAUUUCCAAGCUGACUAAAUUAACCCGCCUCAGCAUGAACAAUAAUCUUCUCACUGGUUUGGAAAAGCAUACCUUUGAUAACUUGCUUCAUCUUCACUCCCUUUCUCUUGAGAACAACAGAAUCACUUCCCUGAGUGGCUUACAAAAAGCUUUUACUCUAAUUGAGCUAUACAUAAGCAAUAACUAUGUUGCUCUCAAUCAGGAGAUCUACAACUUAAAGAAUUUAUGCAACUUAGUCAUUCUAAAUGUGUAUGGAAACAUUAUUGUAUGGAAUCAAGAAAAUUACCGGUUGUUUGUAAUAUUUCAUCUUCCAGAACUGAAAGCUUUGGAUGGAAUCUCAAUUGACCCACCAGAGACUGAGUGUGCAAAAGAUUUGUUUGGUGGCAGACUAACUUCUGACAUGAUUGCAGAACGACAAGGACAUUCAAACUUCACCCAAAUGCAAGAAUUAAAUUGGACUGCAUCAUCCAUCAGAACUGUGGAUUUGAUUCCAAUUGACCAAUUUAGAAAUGUGUGUAAUGUGAACCUACAGAACAAUAAUCUUACCUCAUUCAGUGGAUUAAUCUAUCUGCCUAAUGUGAAGGUCUUAUGCCUCAACUAUAAUCAUAUUGAAUCAAUCAUACCCAGACUAAAGCCUCAGAAUCACUUGUCCAACAGACAAGUACUCUACCAAAAAGUGUCUUCAAGUGGGUAUGGGCAGCAAGGAACAUCAAAAAUAAACAGGGAUAUAAUAAGCAAUGAAAAUUUGCCUCCAAUAAUGCUCAAUUUAGAAGUUCUUCAUUUGGGCUACAAUGGAAUUUGUAAUUUAAAUCAGCUGCAACUAAACAGACUAAGAAAUUUAAAAUUCCUCUUUCUACAGGGGAAUGAAAUCACUCAAGUUGAAGGGCUUGACAACUUACUAGUACUUCAGGAAUUGGUAGUGGACCAUAACCGCAUCAGAGCAUUUAAUGAUAGUGCCUUUGCCAGACCAAGUUCCCUCCUGGCACUUCACCUGGAAGAAAACAGACUACGAGAGCUGAACAACUUACAAUCUUUGCUAAAACUAGAAAAACUUUUCCUAGGAUAUAAUAAAAUCCAGGACAUAGCAGAACUGGAAAAGCUCGAUGGUCUCUCUUCUCUCAGAGAGCUUACAAUUUAUGGCAAUCCAAUUUCUAGAAAAAUAGUACAUCGCCAUGUGCUUAUAUUUCGACUACCUAACUUACAGAUGUUAGAUGGAAUUCCUGUGAAUUCAGAGGAUAGGGCGAAAGCUGAAUUUCACUUCUCUGAACUACAAGCAAAGAAAAAUUCGUUUAUUCCUGUUGCCAACGCUCCUAUGGAUGGUGGACCAUUUGGCCAAGUGAAAGCUUCUCCCAUAAAGAUAACAAAUAUAAUUCUGCCUGGUGGAUUUAGCCAUUACUUGGGAUCUGACUUCACUUUAACUCCUGAAGUUGAAGACAAAAAAAACAAGAGUGCAGGAAUUCUGACAAAUAAUCCUCGGAGCAUCCAUGCAGAAAUAGCUUUUCGGCAACUCAGAGGAAUAAAUCUCUCUCCAUCUCUUUUAUCACAUCAGAAUACGACAUCUCCAACUGCACAAAUGUACCAAAGCAACCAAGAUGAGGGAAGAAUUCCUGGCAGACACUUCACAAGAACAAAUAGAAUGGCACUACCUAAAGAGAAAUGAACAUACACCAAGAAAUCUCUUUCUGUUUAGUAGUUGUGC